GACGCAAGUGAUGCCCCGCCCAUGCCGAGGAGAGCGCUAGGAUUGGCGGAGGUGGCUGUCAGUCGGUCUCCGGGGCGGGUCCUUUGGCUGCGGCUGCUACACCCGCAGGGUCAGGCAGAAGCCACCGCUGUGUCCUCGCUCAGGCCCUGGGCGCCCGCUCCUCCCCCUGACAGACGGUGACAUGGCUCCGCGCAGGAACCCCGCCAAAGGCGCCGGCAGCAGCCCCGGCCAGGGGGCCAGGAAAGAGACAAAGCAUGGAGGAAACAAGAAUGGGAAGAAAGAAGGCCUCUCUGGAAGCUCAUUUUUCACCUGGUUUAUGGUAAUAGCACUGCUGGGAGUUUGGACAUCAGUAGCAGUUGUUUGGUUUGAACUUGUAGAUUAUGAAGAAGUUCUAGCCAAAGCAAAGGACUUCCGUUAUAACUUGUCAGAGGUACUUCAAGGCAAGCUUGGGAUAUAUGAUGCUGAUGGAGAUGGAGAUUUUGAUGUGGAAGAUGCCAAAGUUUUGCUAGGCUUGACCAAAGAUGGCAGUAAUGAAAAUAUUGAUUCCCUUGAGGAAGUCCUUAAUAUUUUAGCAGAGGAAAGUUCUGAUUGGUUUUAUGGCUUCCUCUCAUUUCUCUAUGAUGUAAUGACUCCUUUUGAAAUACUAGAAGAAGAAGAGAGCGAAGCUGCAGAUGAUGUUGAUGGAGAGGCGCCAGGAGGGGUAGACAAGAGAAAAGCUAAGGCCAAAGGACUUAAAGAAAGAUCUGUCCCAGCACAGCCAACACCAGCAGAAUCUGAAGAGUCCAUUCGACCUGCAGAACAGUCAUUCGUUAAAUCAGAGCACAAGAAUGUUGAAGCAGAACUGGAAGAGGAAAUCCAGGCCAUUCUUCAUGAAGCACUCCAUUCACAAGCCGGAGAGAGGCAUGAGGAAGGUGCAGAUGAAAGAUUAAAUGACGAGCCUGAGGAAGGUGCAGAUGAAGGAUUAAAUGAUGACCAUGAGGAAGGUGCAGAUGAAGGAUUAAAUGAUGAACGGCAGGAGAAGGAUGAAGUUUAUGAAGAAGCUUUUGAAAUUCCUACAACAGAUGACCUUUAUGAAGCAUUAGAAGAUGAAAUACCUGAAGUACCUGAAAUACCAAAACCGGUUCAGGAAGAAACUGACAGUCAUGAUCAGGUAGAAGAGCAUGGAGUAGGUGAGCCUGAAGCUGUUGAAAUUCCUGAUCCAUAUGAAUAUUACAUGGAUUUAGAAGAGCCAGCAUAUGAGUCAGAAGUUCCAGAUAACACUGAAUUAGCACAGGAAGAUGCUCUUGAACAUCAUGGAGAACCAAAUUAUGAAGAAGGGACUGAGACUCGGGAUACAGUGUAUGCAGAAUUGGAGACUGGAAAAACAGAAGAAACUGCAGGUAAACAGCCUGUAAAUGAACACUACUAUGAAGAAAGCAUAAAAGAACCAGCUGCUGAUGCUGAAAAGGAAGAUGAAACUGCAGGGGCGCUUCCAGAACCAGUAAAUGAAGAUACAGAGCCAGAUGAAAUUCCUGAGGCUGUUGAAAUUAAUAAAAAGCAAUCAGAGGAAAAAGAACAUACAGAAGACACUGUUGCUGCUGGACCUCAGGAAACAGAAGUUCCUGUUGAAGCUGAGAAUUACUCAAAUGAUGAUCUAGUGGAUACUUAAAGCUUCAAAAAGACUGUUCCUACAGCAGGAGGACCAGCCCUAACCAUACGCUACACAAGGGGAGCAGAUGGUUGUAAUAGAUCUCAUGAUGCAAUUACUGAACAGUUCAGGAUCUUGGGAAAUGAACACUAAAAUAUUAUAAAUGGGUUUUAGCCAACUGUCAUUUUAUUACACUUUUUUUUAACAUUUAGAUGUUUAAAUUUACGUUCCUGUCUAACUUUUUUUGUCAAGUUUAGUGCAUUCAUUGGUUUUAUUUCUCUUUCUUCUCUGUUUGUGACAGUUGUGUGUUUGACAUACGUUUUAGAUGUGCUAUUCAAGCAAUUCGUUAAUAUUCUAUUUAUGAUGGAACAUCAAUUGAUUUUUUUCAGAUUUUAAUAUAUAUAUAUUGUAGGUACAUACAGUAAAAAAUUGGGAACAGAUUGGGCAAACCAUGUACAAAUGUGAUAAAUUUUAAAACAUGUUACUACUAAUGUAACAUAUGAGCUAACUGCAUUUUUAUUGGAAACACUAAUGAGACAUUGAGCUGUGAAGUUUUGAUUUUUAUCUGUCUGCACUGAUAUUAUGUCAACAGUUACACUACAUGAGCUUCAAAUCAUUUACAAUAAUUCUACAGUUUCUAAAACAUACAUGUCUAAUUCUAAGCAGUAUAUAGACAGAUUAUUAAAAGACUUUUUCCAUAAUUUGUUAUUUUAUGCUCAUUUGAUUUUAAAACUAAGGAACCCGAAGACUUUAAAACGGCCUGACAGGAAGUCAGGGUGUAUAUUGACACACAGGUAUGUAAUCAGUUUGGGCUUAGUAAGCCAUAAUUUAUAUUGCCCAGAGCACUGACUAAUAUCACAGCUGGGAUUUAUGUAGUGUGAUACUCAAUUAACAUUCAGAGAGGGAAAAACAAAACAGAUUUGCAUAAAUACCCAGCUUUUAGAUUUAAAAGCUGACCCUGUCAAAUAAUAUUCACCUAAAAAUAAGGUUUAAAAAUUUAAUACUGUAAAUAUAUAAAAACUGUUUUAAUGACUCAACUCCAUUUAAUUUAGAUUUUGAAUGACUGAGAAUUUUAAUAAAGCUGAUGUGUUGUCUACCUGUUAUGCUGCUGUUCCACAACUGUAGAGACAUCAUCUUUUCAUUCUUGGGCUUUUUUGUGUUCCUUUUUGGCUCAGGAAUGGUUGCUGUGAUUAAAAUAUUGCAAAGUUUGAUAUGGAAACUAGAAAAAAUAAAAUACGCUUUAUCAGUAAAA